AUGGACGAAGACGACUUUGAGGACCUGCUCUUUGUAGACCCGGGUACGCCAAUGUAUCCAAGCGACAUCCUGCUCGAUGACUCUGACGACGAUAUCCUCUUCUCUAAUCGGGAUGCACAGUCUCACGAUUGGAAGUCGGCAGACACCACCAGCUCACCUAAUAUUGCUGGUGUGGUAUCUGGAGGGCACACAUUCCCGAACAGCGUAAUCAAUAUUUACGAACAGCAUGGCUGCCAUAUCGCUGAGAUCACUCAGCGCCCUGUUCGCGACAGGUACUGGGUGAUCGCUCGCAUUGAAGCUAUGCUAGAAAGAAUCAUUGACAGUCUUUUGGGACAACAUGAAUCGCUUACUAUACGCCUGAAGUCUCGCGCAAACUUUUCUCGUAGAAAUGCUCCCAGUAAUGAAGGAGAUGGAUCAAUCCCUAAGCCCAAAGAGCGCGACAUCAACUUCCCAGGCGCCAAUGCUCAAGAAGCUUGGAAAUUCACUGUGCUGUUGCGCAUUCUGGAGCUCAUUCAUGGUAGUCUCCUUGACAAUACCGUGAUGACCAAGCGUGACAUAUACUAUCGACAUCCCGAUCUAUUCGUCAAGCAGUCCGUUGUAGAUCGAUACGUAGAUGAUCUUGCAUGCACGUUUGACAUUACUAGAUCACAACUGAAUGUGGGCUUGCUCAUUCCCGUCGUUCGUGACGAUGAUAGUUGGGGUUUGACAGAAAUCCAUUGGGUCCUCAUAAUCGAAAAGGAGGCGACAUUUCGGUCGUUGAUUGGAUCAGCACAAUGGAGUACGUUGGGCUUGCACGGUGUGGUCGUAACUGCCAAAGGAUAUCCCGAUGUCGCUUCUAGGCAGUUCCUGCGCCAACUUGGGAACAACGCACCCCAAAUUCCCAUGUUCGUUUUGGUAGAUCUUGACCCUGAUGGUAUCGCCAUUCUGUCCACGUACAAAUAUGGUUCGUACCGCCUUAUGCACGAAGACGUUGCACUCAUGAAUACACCCGCACUGAGUCUGCCCAAUGUCCGGUGGCUGGGCGUAAAGAGUGAUAACAUGAGUCUAAGUCUGGUAGGCGAGCAUGGGACAAAAAGGAAGAUGAUACAUCAACUACAAGGCCUAAUGAGGCUAACAAUGCGCGACCGCACUAAAGCAACACGAAUGCUGGAGUGGGAUCUGUGCGGAGAAGAUGGACUUGAGCGAGACUGGAGACGGGAGUUACAAUGGAUGCUCAUGCUAAAUGUCAAGGCCGAGAUGCAAGUACUCGACGAGCUAUCUGGCGGAUUGGUGUCAUGGCUGAGCGACCAGCUUGGGGAUGCAGGGAAUCUACUAGUAACUGAUACAAAGAUCGGCAGUGACUGUUCAGACGACGGUAUGCUCUUCUGA